AUUUUCAAGGUUGGCUGCUAUUUAUUUUUUUCGGUCGUCGUAAUUUUCUUAUUUGUAUUUGAUAAAAGUGUACGAUCGAAACUGGAAUGCUGGAAUAAAUCAAUAUAAAAAGCUGGAACUGUUUCAAUCGUCGUGAACAUUUCUUCAUACAAAUAUAAUCAGUGAUUGUCGUCAUUUACUACUUCCGCAAAGGUAAACAAGAAUUAGAUAUUGUCUGCUUCGACAUCUGUACGUUUACAUUCUUGCUUGGAAACUACAUCUUUUGAAAGGGACAUUUACCUAAACUUGGUGGCAGUGUAGGUAGUGGCAGUAAUAAUUAAGAAAGCUUUGGAACUGAUAGCGAUGCAACUACCUAAAAAUACAUUACAAGGAAGAUUUUCCCGCUGGAAACGUCGAAGUUCCGCUCCUUGUAUCUUUCAGGUAAUUGCAUCCCGAUGAAUCCGAAGCUUUCAAGUUUACUUCACCCACUACACAUCAGUGUUGGAUACACCAGGCGGUAAACGCAAUUUAAUUAUAUUUAUACACGAGUGUAUAGAAGUCUAGCAAAUGAUAUGAAAGCAAAUUACCAAAUAUAUCUUUAUUCUUUAUUAAUAUGAUGUGUCUCGUGUGAAAGUUACUAGACAGACUAGAAUGGUAUUUUCAGGAAUAACGUCUGUUCCUUGUUAAAUUUACAAAUACAGUACAUGCAUGUAAUGAACCCUAUCAAUAUUAAUCCCGGGGGGUAGGGAUUUGACAAAAGAUUUGGGUCAAAUGCCGGCUGGUGGGGCAUUAAUCCCUGUUGCUACUAGACUAAUUGGUUGAUUUUUUUUUCGUCUGUAAUUUGUCACUAAUUUUAACUAAAGGGCCCACAGUAAUACCUUGGGGCCAGAGGUUCGUCCACGCUCGUAGGGGGGAUAAUGAGGGAUACACGAGGAUUCAAGCUGGGAGGCGGCGAGCGGGAAGAACCUCUGGAACACUUCUAUGGCUUUUACUGUUUUAACUGUCACAUGUCAAUCAAACGUUAGCCAAUAGGACACGUAUUUAUUUUUGACUGAUGAUGAUUUGGGCGUGUUCAACCGAACAUUUGAGCGAUGGAAAUUGCGACAGAAUGUGUCAAUUUCAAAACAAAAAAAUAAAAUUAGCGAGUCUUUAUAGUAAAAUAAACCGAAUAAUAUUAUAUGGCCACAUGGCAUUAGACCGUACACCUGCUAAAAGUGUUACAAAAAAGCGGAGACGAGUAUUGUCGAGUUUGUGGUGAAUUUGUUAUUCACAGUGGGUAUUUUAGUAUAUACAGUAAAAGGAUCGUCGCCUCGGUCGGUAGAUUGAACUUUGAAGCAUUUCUUGUUCAUCAUAUAAUACAAACGAAUAUUUGCCGUCCAAGGCCCUGUUGUUUAUAUGGAGGCGAGUUACUCUGCAAUUUGCGAAUAGAACUUAUCUAAUGAUUCGUAUGUAUUUUUGAACAAUAUAUUAUAUUUCAAAUGCAAAGCACAUACAUUUAUACACAUACAUUCGAUCUCGGGCGGCCGAGUUAACAAAUACCCGAACAUUUUUUGUUUAAUAUGGUAAAGAUUCAUCUCGCCGAAGGCAAUAUCUCGCCUCUUUCUGCCGGAAACUCUUCACUGGCGAGUUUAUACUCUUUACUACAUGCAUGUAACCAGUCCUGAGUCCCCUGGGUUUACCAUACUGUAUAAGUUUCUAUAAUAUAGCCGGGAUCUUGUCGUUGACGAGUAUAAACUCGACUUGCCGGGUAAUUCGCCUCGAUAUAAAUAGGCCUAUAAAGACUCCCAUCUUGUCUUGACAUGCUUGAUUACUAGACAGCCACCGACACGAAAUUCCCUCUUGGCAAUAUAGCAAACAUAUCACGGCGAUGCAUUAACUGAAACACAGAAACAAGGCAUCAUCUUGAUGUUUAUUGAGUUUUGUAUAAACACAGUCCAGUAAAAAAAUUCAAAAUCGAAUCAACCGCGACCGAGUUGUUGAAGUCCUCUCGCAAGACUCGCAAAACUAGAGGCAUAUAUAUAUAUUUACGCCUGACUAUGUUAUAAAUAUAAUAAUAUUAUAUUAAACAACAGCGUAUGCCUGUACGGAUUCUGAACGAUAAUAUCUUGAAGGACAUACGGUUCAAACGGCCAAUGAAAGUCAUUGUUUUAACAAGUCCCUGCCGUUAACCAAUUAACACUGUGAUCCAGAUUCCGGAUCACUUCACACUAUUAAGCAUCGUGAUUGGUGCGGUUCGAUCUGAGAAUCCAUAGAAGUGUUCCAGAGGUUCUUCCCGCUCGCCGCCUCCCGGCUUGAAUCCUCGUGUAUCCCUCAUUAUCCCCCCUACGAGCGUGGACGAACCUCUAGCGAUACCACAGUAAUUGCAUGGUGUAAACUGUUGUGGUGUCCCCGCCUCUUGUUCUGUCUCAUUUAUAUGAAUUGUUGUACUUGUUUUGUGUACAUUUUGGCCAGGCGAAGCUAAAUAAAUCAAUAAAUCAAAUGUUUCAAAACCGACGCACCCAGGGGAUAAAUCGAGGCAAAAUAAAUUAAUAAUACAUAUACAUAUAUUACUCAGCACACUCCCUAUCAGGGUUUUUCAUUCAGUGAUUGGUUACAUUAGAGCCGGAACUGGCAUGAAGCAGACCAAGGUAGACUGUGAGCUUACAAAUUGUACUUUAAGCGGCCGCUACUCGCCCACACCUCAUUAAUGGUCUGCCCCCUAACCUAUGUGCCUAACCCACACUGUCAACUUUUUCUGCAUGUGGGAGGAAACCCACAACUUUCGGCAGAGCAUUGACUUUUACUCUUUUCACAUGAGGUCUCAGGGUUCGAGUCACAUUGAGAAAGUCUCAUUGAGAGUUGAACCUUUGACCUUAGAGGUGAAAGGCGAGAGCGCUAACCACUUCGCCACCGAAGCCCCAAUAAUAUUUAAUAUAAAGAGCUGGAAUAGGGAGCUACUAAAUGCUUAGUUAACCGUAUGCUGGAUUUUUUCAUCAGUGGGGGAUUUUUCUACCAUAAUUUUGGUGAAGUUUAUUACAAAUCAUGGUGAUUGACAUGAAUGCAGAAUCUAACACUUACCCCAAAUGUCCUUAAUCCAAUUAAACCCUAAUUAAGCCCCUUUCAUUGGCAAGUAAAAUUGUCAGCCCUGGGGAAAAAUGAUUAUGUCAGCACAUUCAUUUGGUAGAUCAAGCUAAUUAGUUAAUUCAUUAAUAUACAAGACUCCGCCCAUAAGUUGAUAAAUUUGGUGCUUUUGGGCACAUUCACUCAGCAGCUUAAUGGGUUAAUUAACAGUCAAUCGCACUUAUGUAUGGACUGAAGACCACCAUAUGUUCCACCCAAUUGCAUAAUACUUGACAAAUUUAAAGAUAUAAUAAGCAAACUUUGCGGACAAAGCUCUAUCCCUUAAUGUCACUUCAUAUCCAUAUGAUUUGCCAACUAUUAAUAUAAGCGGAAUAUUAAAGGGGCAGUGUCACGUACGGUUCUACUGCAUAUCAAGUUAGGAGUGAAAUACGAUAUACUAUUUAUAAUCCCUUCGUUAUAUGCCGGACAUCCUUGCUUUGUUUUAAAAAUUGAAGGCUGCUGCAUGCAUCUUUCCCAUGCAAUCAUGUACUAAUGUUGCAUUAAUUUUAAACGUUCCUUAAAUCUGCCUGCAGAUUACAGGGACCGAAUCCUUCACAUAAACAAUUUGUUACCCAUGCCAGCUCAUUGGCAUGAUUGAGAUGUGGCAGCAUUUCCCAUAGCCCAGUUGGAUGACAGAUAAUAGUUAAUUUACUAGUAAUUACUAAUUACACACCUGACCAUCCCAAGGCAUAACCAUGAAUAUAUGCAUCAAAUAAUUCAAACUCCUACAGUUUCUAAACAAUUUAGAAACUAAGACAAAAUCAUUUAUAUUUACAAAGUAAUAAAAAUAUUGUGUGAAUAUUCUGGUUAUAACAAGGUGUUCUGGUGUGAAUAUUCUGGUUAUAUAACAUGGUGUCCUGGUGUGAAUACAGUAUCCUGGUUAUUUUUUGUACGUGUCCCUGUAAUUACUUAACUGUACCUGACGUGUAAAUAAGGUUUAGGUUAUAUUGGUUCAAGCCUAUCUGCAUCAUUGAGGGGGAAUCUGGAGCCCAGAAGAAUAAAUCAUGAUUCUUUUUUUUCAAAGAUAUAAGCUGUUUUUAUAGUUUCCAAUUUUUCUCUCAAAAGAAUAGAUCCUUUCACUUGGGCGUGUUUCAAUUCUUGUUCUGAAAUGAGCAGCUUCGACCGACAGUAAGUGAGUAAUCUUAUUUUUGCAUGUUCAUUAUGAGUCCAGAAUACUCUUUCUUCCUGCCAGUGAGCUGCAUAUAUACACACGUGAAAAUGCACAGUGGUUGUACAGGUCUGCAAACAAGUUACAAGUCUGCAAACAAGUUUAUUACAAGUCUGUUUAGAAGCUGUUGACAAGCUGUGUUCGCACUGCUUGUCCCUAUAUAGUUGUUGUAACAAGCUGCUAACAAUUUGUAACAAGCUUGGUGGCAUCAUCAGACUAUAAGGUUGUUCUAAAAAGUCACUCUUAUACAAUCUGAUCGUAUAUAUAACAGGAAUGUUACAAGGUUUGAUGACACAAGAUGGCAACAACAUUGUUAUAUUAUGACUGUAUCCGCGUGUAUCGAACUUAUUGCAACAACCUUGCAACAAUUUUGGCAGUAUCAACAAGUUGUUACAAGUUGUUGAUGCUUUUUCCAAAGUUGUUGACAACUUCGGACAAGCUAUGCGAACACAACAAGUUGACUGACUUGCUUCAAGAUGUGAGAUUUUUCGUGUGUAUAUCUGGAGUGAGAACUCAAGUGCAAAAUGUGAAGCCAAAGAUGGAGCUAUUGGACGUCAGUUUCACUCCCUUUCUAUUGUUUUUGUCUGCCAGCUGGGAGUGCGGCGAAACUUCGUAUUUUGAGAUCGAUUUGAGGUUAUAAGAACUGGUAACUUAUAAUUAAAACUGGAUUUAACUGAGAAAAAUGCUAUCAAAACUGUUUACAACCUUCAUAGUUAUUGGACGUCAUUUCCGCCAUCUUUGCUUCUCUUUUCUCAUUUGCCGAAUGACUGAAGUUCUUGCAUGCUCCAGUUAUAGAGAGCUCACUGGUUCCUGGCACUAUAAGUGAACAUUUUUCAAUUCUUGGGGGAAUAUGAAAAAAUCGUUUUGCUUGUUCAAGAUAUUGAUAUUGGCAAGAUUGUCUUUAAACAUUGAAGGCUUUAUUUAUAGAUUAUACUUUCGACACAACGUUAAACGUUACGCCCAAUAAGGACAUUUAACAUUAGGCUCAUUAUACAACGUCAUCUUCCCUAAAAUUGCUAUCUUGAAUCCAGUAUGACAUGCAGUAUCAAACUGGUUGAUACCGAAGCCGUAUUUAAAACUUUUUUCAAUGUCGUUGAUUUAGUUCUUUUAUUUUCCAGAUUUUCUAUUCUAUGAUUAUUAUUUCUAAUUCUCCAUUCCUCGUUUAUACUGCGAGAAAUUGCAGUCUUUCCUUGUUAUGACCAAGGAAUGACUUUAAAAAGAAAGAAUAUUCCAUAAACGUUUCCCGUCGUGUACUUGUAUAACAUUUGCUAAUAAGCUGUUUUCAUUUCAACCAUGCCUCUCUUCAUGAAAACAUCGAAUAUUCGAGCGUAGGCCAUUCGUCUGGCGUUUUCCUUUUCUCUUUACAUUGUCACAUACAGGAAUUUCAAUUAAGGUUGUCCCCGAGCAAAGCGGAAAAGUCGAAUACAAGUGCGAAAGGCUUGCUGGGAAUCGUUAAAAAGUUAAUGAUUUUUUUAGCGAUUCCUAGCAAGCUUUAAUUCGCACUCGUAUUCGACUUUUCCGCUUUGCUCGGGGCAACCAGCUGUAUACAUACAUUAUUCAGCGCACUCUCCAUUGAGGCUUUCAGAGGCCAAUUACAUAUCAAGCAUUACGCUCAAUUAUUUUACCAACUUAGCCUAGAAUAUUUAUGUUUACAACAUUAAUUGUGAUAUUACUAACUAUGUUUAAACCUAACUAACCCUGUAAACUUUCCCUGUGGAAGGACACCGGAGCGCCGGGAGAAAAUCUACGGCUUUCGACAGAGCAUUGACUGACUCUUGACACUAGCGAUAAUAGAAUUCAAGGUCUCAGAGGCGAAAGGCGCUUGCUUUGACGUCUGCGCUAUCAAACCCUUUUCAGGCACGACCAAAAGUAGACCUUUUUUUAACCCGUAACAAAUAUUUUUCAGGGAAAAAAUGCCAGAGAUCCGGGCUGAAAUUGAACAGCUGCAGUCUAUCUUCACUGAAUGUGAAGACCUUAAGAGAGAAGACAAUUUCCCGAGUUUGAAAAGGCAGCUUGCAUUUUUUAUGAAAAUGGUGCAAAAACAAACGGCUUUCUUUAAGAAAAAACUCGGACGUAUAUCAGCGGAUAAUGAAGAUUACGAUGCUUUCAUGAAAGAGAUUCAAGAAGUCUCGGUUUCGUGUUCCAAUUGGCUUGUCCAGAAGAAGGCGGAAAUGAAACCUCUGCAAGAGAUCUUUAAAUCGCUCGAAAGUAAGGCUAUCCCGGUGGUCAGCAGCGAAGAUUUAGAUUCCUUACUAAUAAUUGAUCGAGAAACAAAGCAUCUUGUAUGCUUGGCUUUUACACUAUCUUCAGAUGGAGAUGCUCAAUUUUCGAAUAUGCAAGCAUUCCUAAAGAAAUGUGUAGGAACUGCUUCUCGUCUGGAUGUUCCUCUCUUUCGUGGUACAUUACAGCGUUUCACAAACCUCCAGGAUGGUAACCAACGUAAUAAAGAUGUGAAGUUUGUCGCCACAGAGGAGCCUCUCAGUAGCCUGGGCUGUAGGUAA